GAUCGCACAGUUCGUAACGCACCUACCAGGUUGUAUAGAUCCAUUCGGAAUAGUGUAGUUUGUUUCGAAACGUUUCGGUGUUGUUUUCACUGUUAUAUAUUCAUGCGUUCCGUUUCGGUGAAAAGAAGAAGUUCACGUUGUUCCUGGGUGUUUCAAGGACAGAAAAACGCCUUUUUGUGUAUACGAGAGGGACGUGAAUUGGGAAGUAAUCGUGCGUGUAGAUCAGUCUGUCAAGUCAGAGCGACCAGAGAUGAUGGAUCAAGGAUUCCCUGGACAGCAUACCACCACAACAACAGUGACAACAACAAGCACUACCACGCAACCAAAUAUUCGAUUCGAUACGUCGUAUAUAAGAACAGUGCCCGGUAUGCUGAAAGUCGCUCAAGUGGCGUUCAAUCUUUUGGGAUUCAUAUGCAUCACAGCAUCGAGCCAAGGUAAUACGAGUCGCGGAGGAUGGUUCAAUACGGUAGCCAUGAUUGGCUUCUGGUGCACGGGAAUAUUACUCGUCUUCUACCUGUUCCAUAUAGUCGAGAAAUUCUCGAAAAUUCCUUGGCUGAAAGUUGAGUUUAUAUAUUGCGCAAUUUGGACAGCUUUCUAUUUGCUGGCCGCUGCGCUUGCAGCAGAUUACGCUAAAGUUGUGGAAGCUUUCGGAGCCGCUGCGUUCUUUGGAUUCUGCGCUAUGGUAGCUUAUGGCUACGACGCAUGGCUGAAGUUUCAAGGGGUGAGAAGCGGUGCCUUAGCGCAAGGCCAAUACUCCCCCAAACAAGUCUCCACGGUGACGAGUCCUGCGUAUUAACAACGUAAAUCCAAAUAAAAAAAUUGUCAUUUCUACGCAUUCGAUUUAAUUAAAUCUUACGCAUGUAUUCGUACGUUUCUGGAAACGCACUAUAUAAGAAUUGGGCACAACAGAUUUGUCAAUUUCGUAACGCUUAAGUUUGCUAUCUUGAUUGAAGUACGUAUAUAUUCGCGUGUAUGUAGAUGCCUGUAAUCUCACUCGUGCACGGUAUUCGGUAACCUCAUAUCAUUGUAAAAAGACUAUAAAAAGACGAUAUAUAUAUUACUAUAUACGCGUAUUUUUGAAUCAAUAUAUGUAUAUAUACAUACAUAUGUAUAUACACACAUAUACAUAUAUGUUAAUUGAUCGUAUAUAUAGUUGUACAUUAUGAGUUUUUAAUGUUUGUUAAUAUUGAAUAUUUUUUGACAGGUAGUAUAUACAUAUACAUAUAUUUGUAUACAUGUACAAGAAAUAUAUAUUUAAUCAGUAUUGUGUUUAUGCUACAAAACGUUGACACUUUAUAUUUGUACUCAUUUUGUAUUUAAUUUUAUACGAUGGCAACUCGAUUGCUUUGUGUCGGAUCUUAAUUAUAGUGGCAUCUAGGCGGACAAUUGUCUCAAAUUAAGAAGGCGGUUAAAACAUGUAAUACAAUAAAUGGGAUUAUUGUUUUUCGAA